AAGGCUCACCAUUUAUCCUCGCCGCUAACUACCUGCAGCCGUGGCUGAACGGAGCUUCACGCGCAGAGUGAAAGAGAAAGGUAGAAGAAGGACAGCAGUCUGUUGCGAUGAAAACAAAGUGGCGUAUCUAUAUCUUAUGGAGUGUUUUAUCACUUGACCUCCUCAGCUUCGCCCUGGACUCUUCUAAACCUCCGCUAACAAGAAGGAAGAAGGUUUUCAAACUGUCAAAAUUCCAAACAUACAAACUGCCAAGAAAAGGCAACAGAACAUCCUCCCACAGGUCGGCUGCCAGCGCUUCUCCAUUGGCUCUACUCAGUUCCCGAUACAUCCGUCAAGGGGAGCCCAAGGCAAAGAUCCUGUCGGACUUUGCUUACCUCCCGGACGUUUCUGUAACCUGCGCCACGUCGGACUUUGUGGUGCGGGUCAAACCGACUUUCUACGGCCAUGGCGCAGAUGCAGAGGAGCUGAAAUUAGGCAGCACCUGCAAAAGCAACGGGGUUCUCAAACCCUCCGGUGACCUGCUCUUCACGUAUCCUCUGACAGCGUGUGAUGUCGUGCGUGAGUCUCCCCUCGGUUAUCUGCUCUACAAAUUCACGCUCCAUUAUGAGCCUUCGUCAAAGCGUUUACCAAAGAGGAUCGAUGUCGACAUUGAAUGCCGUUAUCAAAGGAACCACCAUGUGCACCAGCUGACUGUGCAGCCCACCUGGGAAACCGUUGUUGUGCGUAAAAAGCUGAAAGGAAGUGCAAAUGACUUCCAGAUGGAGCUGAUGGAUGAUUCAUGGAGCAGACCAGCGAAGUCGCAGGUGUACCAGCUUGGAAAGACGGUUAAUUUCCAGCUCUCUGCUCCUCAUCUCUCAACUGGUGGAAAACUUUACAUAAAUACCUGCUAUGCUUCACCAUCCAGUGGCUCUAAAUCUCUCAAAUACACCAUCAUUGACAAUUUUGGCUGUAUGCUGGACAGCAAGAGCUGACCCCGGGGCCUCUCAGUUCGUCUCUCGGACAGAUGAGACCCUGAGAUUCUCCCUCAAGGCUUUUCAGUUCACUUCUGACCCUGACACGGAGAUCAAUAUUCACUGCAAAUUAUCAGUUGCACCAGAGGACCCGGGUCCUGCACACAAGUCAUGCACUUACAGAGGGAACAGGUGGAAGGCCCUCACUGGUGACGACUCCAUAUGUAAAUGCUGUGAUUCACAGUGUGUUACCUCUAAAGUCCGUAGGGCCAUGAUGGAAGGCUCUGCCAGCAGUGGGUCUUUGUUGGUCUCGGAUCAGCCGGACGCAGCAGAAGACUUUCUACCAGUCAACAUGAGCAGAGAAGGCGAGGCCACGAUAAAUCCUCACAUGGUUGAGCUGAUACACAGUCAUGAGAAACUUGGGGAAAGUGCGCAUGUAGUAAAGUACGAUAAUGAAGAGGUGCAAGGCAACUUUGAUGAAGAAGAUAAAGAACAACUUGAAGAAGAGGGUCAGCAUGAAGAAGUAGAAAGUGAGUUUAUACUUAGCGUGAUGACAGAACCUGAUUUAGAUGAGUGGGUCUCUGAAGAGGAUGGGACAGGGUAUGUUGUGCAAGUGGAGAGUGGAGAGGAGGAUGGAUUUGAGGGAAGAGAAGAUGAGACCCUUUUGAAUGAGAAGGCUGAAGUGUUGCAUCAUUCAGUGCAGUUGGAGCAAAUGUUCCCUUCAGAGGUGGGCCUGCAGAGAGUGUUGCAGCCCUCUAAAGGCAAGGAAGAGGACGGGAAACAUGCAGGUAGAGGUGAAGAGCAUGACAGGAUGAUCGAGGACGAGUGGAAGAACGAUGACAGUCUGGCAGAUUUAUUAGAUGAUUGAGAUAACCUGGUAUUUCACAUGGAGGUAGCAUUAGUUUAAUAGAUCGAUCAGUACUCUGCUCUAAGACCUAAGACUGUAACUGACAGGAUACUAUGAUUUACUUCAAUAAACAUAAAAAUGCA